AUGAACGGAUUCUCUCCCAUAGACCUCCUGCAGUUGACGAUGGUUUCUCAGGACGACGAUCGGCCGGCUUCGAAGGAACACGAAGAACCUAACGAGGGCGAGCCCUACUAUUGUCCGUUAUGCAGUUUCUCCACCCAUAGGCCAGGCCUACUGUUGCGGCAUACGUUCGAACACACCGGAGUGCAACCGUACUCAUGUUGGAAGUGCAACCAACGCUUCACGCUUCCAGAAACGCUCGUAGACCAUUUCAUAUCUGAACACAGCAUCAAGGGCCAGCCACUGAAGUGCUCGACGUGUCGUAAGACCUUUUCGACCCGCAGAGGAUUGAUCCAGCACCAGCUGCAAUACACCAUUGAGAAGUCACGCUUCUGCUACUACUGUGCCAAAGGCUUCGGCUCGGACUCCGCAGAGAAAGAACACCAGAGAUCACAUUCGCCGGGAGUCGCCGAAUGCUGGAUGAGAUGUCCCGCAUGCCGAAAAUCUUUUCCCAACGAAGACGCGCUUAGAAUUCACUCGGUGUUCCAUUUGAAACUCUCGGCCGACAGAUUUAUCGCGCCCGACCCGGGAAUGGCGCUCGCGAACCACGCGAGGAAGUACUUCCAAGCGCGAAAGCACUCGCAAAGUUCCUCGCUGAAACGUCGCCGUCCACGUAAGAAGUAUUCCUGUGAGCACUGCGACAAGGUCUAUGUUUCGAAAAUGACUCUCAGAUGGCACGAACGGCACCAUAGACUGCCGUUCUCGUGCCGCGCGUGCACCCGUUCGUACUCGACGCUGUGCGCCCUGCUGGCGCACGCAGCCGAUCAUGACACGAUCUCAUCCAUCGAAGAGGAGCAAUUACGUUUCCAGGAAAAGAUCGAGAAAAAGACAGGAUUAGGAGGUGUUAACACGGCAACACCGAUCGGGGGAUUGGGGGCGCUCCAGCAUCAUCCCUCCAUCGCGGGACUGUCGGCUUCACUCGGUGUGCCUCCUGUUGAACGUCAUGAGUGUCCUACAUGUGGUAAGGCAUUCGGGUCUGCCAACAGCCUGCGGGCGCACAAGAAAUCUCACACGACAGGGAAAACGCCUCACAAAUGCCCUACUUGCGGCAAACAGUUCGUGCGGUCUUACGACAUGAAACGACAUAUGCGCACCCACGAUAGCUCGGCUCCGUACAUCUGUCAGAUCUGUCAGCAGAAAUUCUCUCAGAGUUCUUCGCUGAAGAAACACUACAAGACCCAUCGCAUCCAUUGUCCUCUCUGCCUGAAGCAAUUCGACCUACCCGAGCAGCUCCAACAGCACGUCUCUCAAUGCCCGGCUCAGCAAGCUCAACAAAGUCUUCUGGCCGCCGCGAUCUCCAACAUGAACAAUAUCGGAGGACUGAACGGAAUGCCGCCCGAAGCUCUCGCGGGUCUCAUGCAAGCGGCCCAGGGUAUCAUGUCCCAACCGUCCACGAGUCAACCUCCCGCAGCGGACAAGUGGGCUUUCAAAGAGUGAAAAGGCACGAGGCUUACUCGUUACUCGCUCGCUUCCAGCUAGCGUAUCGAUCACAUUGGAGCACGGCUCGGAGGCAAUUCUCUGCUUAUCCAUGUGGUCUUGGAUAAUGACAUCAGAUGGGGAACUCGGUACGAGGAACUUAGUUCAUUCAGUUGAACCAUGCCUCGGGCAUAUCAUGUCGAAUCUCAUCUGACUGGGGCAGCCUUGCCGGAGGGCGAAGUACUUUUCUGUAUAUAUCUAAAACUCGGAGGUAUAAACGGAUUGUCGUAGGUUCGAGUCAUUAAGAACGAUAUGAGAGAAUCGGGUAGAGCAUUAUUUGUAAGUUAUAUACCAAUAGCGUAGACUUGUGACGGAAGAUUAUCCGCAUCAUCAUAUGGUAGCGUGAAUCGUCAGAAGGGACUAGGUUCUGACGUAGAGCUGUAUCUUCGUGAUUUGUCAACCUCUCAAAGGUUCCUGUCUGUGUAUAUUAAAUGCGGAACAACUCUCGACGGUCAUACAGAGUCGGAAGCCGUUUCCCGCCUCCUAGUAUUAUGGACUUUUAGGUUCUAUGCAUUCAGUGUGUCGCGGUGUACUUCCCCGAGGGGAGACGGCUCUCAUCGCAGGAAAUCAAAAUAAACUAUUCUUUAAUAUUUAUCA